AGCACAAGCAACCCAGCCAGCUCUCAACGCCCGCACACACGCAUGGAAUGGAUCUUCCCCCUCCGGGGGAUACUGCUCUGGAUCUCCCUUCUGUGUCUUUUUGAUAUCCAUGUAUCAGGUCAGAACUGCAGAGGGAAGGAGCCAGUCAUCGACCCUCCUGCUCUGGUGGUGAAAUAUGGAGGUCCAGCCACAGCAACCUGCCACACUGAGUACAAUGCAGAUCUCAUAGGCUGGGAAGCAACAGUGGGAGAUACAAGCAAAGAGAACACACAGCAGCUGGUGUGGAGUGUGGCCAGCGUCACUGACUGGUCACUGCAGUCUGGCAUAACAUGUUACGCCAACUCUGAAUAUGGGCAAUGUCUGACUCUUCUACCAGUCACCAUUUAUAAAAUGCCAGAGAAUGUAGACUUUGUUAUACUUAAUGCUGGUCCACUGGAGGAGGGACACGAGUACUUGCUGGAGUGUGAGGUUCAGAGUGUGGCUCCACUUAUCAAGCUCACUGACAACCUCACUGUCAUCUGGUUCAGAGGGGUCACUGAGCUGAAACGAUCAGGCUACUCUCAGUUCACUAUUAACGGUGAUCAGUCUCAGAAUGUCACUGUGAGAACUAAUCUGAGUAUCACUGCUUCCACAGAGGACCACAGAGCCUCCUACAGCUGUGCUGCCCAUCUGGAUCUGGACACAGCUGCGACCAUUCCUGACACCAGAUCGAAUAGUAUCCUACUGGAAGUAUUGUAUAAACCCCGAGUGUUGAACAGCACUGGGAACACGACCGUUGGCGUCGGCGACAAACUGGAGUUGAGCUGCACGGCUGAUGCCAACCCCAGCCCCUCCUUCCAGUGGAAGCACAACGGUUUGGUGUUAGCAGGUAACAACAACAAUACGCUCCUGAUCGACUCUGUCACUGUGGACAACGAGGGCGUUUAUGAGUGCAUCAUCAAGAACAGUCAAGGACAAGUGUCCGCAAAGAUGGACGUGAAAGUCGAGAAGAAAGGCAACCCAGUGGGAAUCAUAAUCGGUGUGGUAUUGGUGGUGAUGGUCCUAGUUAUUUUGGGUGUAGUAAUCUAUAAGAAAUACUUCUAAAUAAAGAAAUAGGCAUGAGCAUAAUGGA